AGGCAUGCGCAGUUGCACAACAUCUGAUGACGUCACAGCCAAGUGGUGAACGUGCUAUAUAUGAAGCCGAUAUAGUUUGGAGACAGCUCUAGCUUAGCGCCGUUGUGGUUAAGGAAUAGCGCGCUUAAGUGAGUUCACUUGAACCAUAUUGAACGUUAUGACAUUAAAUGACGCAAGCCCACUAGGGAAUAUGCACGUGGAAGGUUUCACGUGGUAUAGGCCGUGAACUAGGAAAAUUAACUCGACACUGAGAAUCAAUCUUCAUGUACUUUUCAUUAUGCCGAUAGAUGGAGCGCUUGCAGUUCGAGUCUAUCCACUGAGGUCGAAACCUCGAAUAGCAAUCAUUCUUCAUAAGCAAGAUCCUUUGAGAGACUAAGAGGUGUGAGCAGAUCUGAUUAUUUUAUUUUUUACACAAAGCGUGUAGCUUGUCUUGAUAAUGAAUUUAAAGACAAGAACCUGCGCUGUUAGAAUACAUAAUAUGCUAGUACACUGUUGAGAAAGGUCGGGCAGCAGGCGAGUUUACCUCCCGACUCGUGACAUCGAAAAACUGAAAAAAAUUACAUUGAGAUACCGUGUAUAGAGAGUUGAGCGUCUAUAGAACCUGAAUAUGACUAAAUGUUUUUCAUCAAAUAAUCGUGUGGAAUGAUAUUGCAAGGAGACUUCAGACAUUUGAGCACGAAUUACUAACAACAGAAGGCAUCUGCUUAGUCGUCAUUUGUGAGCGCACUGGGUACCGUUAAUGAGUGACGAUAAAAUGACAGCUUUUGUGAUCAUUCGAUCUCUUAUUGAUCUGGAAAAAGUCGGUGUUAUGUGAAGGACACGACUAACGUACCACAUCAAAACUUGCAACAAUGCAAGACGAUGGCAUUUUUGACGUUGAUAAUGCGUCACAAUGGCAAAACGACACGGACUUUUAUUACGACACCAUACUACCGCCAUUGUUUUUAAAGGCACUAUCCGAGUAUUAUUUUCCUUUGCUUGCGAUCGUGGGCUUCAUUGUGAACAUUAUAUCUUCGAUCCUGUUCAGCCGAGCACCAAAUCUUCGAACCAUCUCAAAAUCUCACUAUUUAGCCGCAAUGACGGCGGCAGACGCAGGGUGUCUCGCCACGGCGCUAAUAAAUUGGUCACCUACCAUUAACAUUAACCUUUUUCUGGUAGAGGGCCUCUGUCAGCUGAUCCUUUGCUGCAGUUACAUAUUCCAUUUUCUCUCCAUAUGGUUCACCAUUGCCUUCCUUACGGAUAUAUACAUAUGCACAUGCAUGGUGGGCAAAGCUCGAAAAAUGUGCACAGUGCUACGGAGCAAGUUUGUCAUCACCGCUUUAACUGUUCUUGCCAUUGUGAUGUUUUUACACAUAACCUGGAUGUCGGGGAUUGUUGAGGGACAAUGCGUACUCCUGGUGAAGUACGAACCAAGCCUGGCCGUCAUCGAUUCAAUACAGAUGGCAGUAACUAUAUUCAUUCCAGACGUGUGUAUUUUAGUCCUUGUUGCUUUGAUAGUGCGUAAGAAAGUCUUCGGUGUAUGCAUGGCCAAGCGACGCCUCAGCUCAGACGCAAAUGGCGCUACACAGUGCCUCAACACCACCAACGACCUAAGCAGACCUGCUCCAAAAUCGCCCCAAAGGAGAGAAAAUGUCAACCACAAACAAAACUUAAAGAUGAAUUGCCUUGCUGUGAGUUUAGUUGUUUUGCACGUACUCAUUAUUAUGCCGGACCACGUUGUUAAAUUACGUCUUCAUUAUCUCCAGUUUAGUGAUGGACAUCAGCCGGACCUUAACGAAUAUCAUCUCCAGUGGUUGCUUUCUAAUAUAGGCCAGCUGCGUUUUGUACUGGACUUUAUUAUAUUUAUUAUUGUUCUGCGAGACUUUAGAAUUGCCCUUCGUUCCCUUUUGGCCUCUUGGCACAGCAAAAUGAUGCGAUUGUUAAAGGCUUGUUUCUGUACUGACAGGGUUCGAUAUAGCGAUGGAAGAAUAAUAGAAGAAAGCUUCUCGUUAACUGAGGAACCCGUGUCUAAGUCAACUUCAGAUUAUGAGAAACAUGGUGAUGUACCAAUGUAGAUGCAGAAAUGGUUUUUCGAGAUAUUUAUUUACACACAGUAGUUGAGAUGGCCUUUUGCGUUUGUGCAUUUUAAAAAAGUGGCCUUAAAAUACGAUUCGCAGCAAACCCUUUUCUUGUUAUUGCCGGGGUUGGCGGAUGGCGACGGAGUCGCUGAUUAUUUGUAAAAAGAUGAAUUGUAACCGUUUUCUAUGUACAGUGUGUCUGUAUAUAUUCUGAUGAAUGUGUCUGUCCGUGCCGUCGUUGUUGCUGUCCGAAACAUCAGUCCUUAUGACUGGCAAACUGUACCUAUUUUUGUUUUAAUUUUAAUUUACUGAGUAGCUCUGUUGGGUUAAAAAGAAUUCACUUCGAAAAAAGGCAUGAUCGGAUAAUUUUGUUUUCAAAAGUAUUUGAUUUUUUUGGUUCGCCCCUUAAAUACCUAACCGUAUUUUUACAUUAAUCUUAAAUUAACUGAGUGGAUUUGUAAGUUAAUGAGACAGAAAAUCGACAU